CUUAAAUAUUACAAUAGAAAAGUGCAAAAUUUAGUUAAGAGUUGUGAACUGUAAUAAAGAUGGAUGAUCAAAAUAACAUUGGAAUAGUGUAAUCCAGAGUGUUCUUUCCAUAAAUAAUCCUCAACAAAGCGCAUCAUGGGUGGUGAAGGUAAAGGUAAAGAUGGGAAAGGUAAAAAGGAGAAAGAGACCGGGACCGCAGCGUUCAUCAAGGAUUUCAUCGCCGGAGGAGUUUCGGCUGCGGUCUCGAAAACCGCCAUGGCUCCGAUCGAGAGGGUCAAGCUGCUGCUGCAGGUGCAGCAUAUCUCAAAGCAGAUUGCGGAGAAGGAUCGUUAUAAAGGUAUAAUGGACGCACUGGUCCGUAUCCCCAAAGAGCAAGGCCCCGCCGCCUUUUGGCGUGGGAACCUCGCCAACGUCAUUCGGUACUUCCCCACGCAGGCACUCAACUUCGCCUUCAAGGAUAAAUAUAAGAACCUGUUCUUGGCCGGUAUAGACAAGAACAAGAAUUUCUGGAAACAUUUUGCCGGAAACUUGGCUUCAGGAGGCGCUGCCGGCGCGACCUCUCUGUGCUUUGUGUACCCCCUGGAUUACGCUAGAACUAGGUUAGGAGCGGACAUUGGCAAAGGCAAAGAUAAGGAGUUCAACGGUCUCGUGGACUGUCUGAUGAAGACGAUGAAGUCUGACGGGCCGCUCGGUCUGUACAGAGGGUUCAUUGUCUCAGUGCAGGGUAUCAUCAUAUACAGAGCCGCGUACUUCGGGUUUUAUGACACGGCGCGCGGUCUUCUGCCCGACCCUAAGAACACGCCACUCCUUCUAUCCUGGUUCAUUGCUCAGACGGUGACAACGGUAGCCGGUAUCCUCUCGUACCCUCUGGACACGGUGCGUCGGCGCAUGAUGAUGCAGUCCGGCCGGCCGGUCCACGAACGAGUGUACAAGAGCACCGCCCACUGCUGGGCCGUCAUCCUCAAGACCGAGGGCCCCAAGGCCUUCUUCAAAGGCGCAUUCUCCAAUAUCCUCAGAGGCACGGGAGGCGCUUUGGUGCUCAUCCUUUAUGACGAAGUCAAGAAACUCCUGUAGAUCAUGCUCCUAGUCAAACCAGUUUUUUGUACCCAACUUUUUUUCUCUGACCUGAUUUUGGGUGUAAAAAUGACUGUAUAUACCACUAGUGUUCAAAUAUUUGCUUUGUUUUGAGCUAUUUAGGUACAGUCAACAAUUUGAAUAAUUCAUGGCUAUUUUCUUGUUAUGUAGAUAUUUAUAUUAAGCAACGCCAGUUCAAGAAGCAAUUGUGUAGCUGUGAAUUCAAAUUGGUCGAACGCAGGAUGUGGAGAAUUUUGUUUGUCCAAAAUUGUCAUUAAGGUCGCAACUGUCAAUAUUUAGAAAUUGUUAAGUUUUUUUUUAAUUAGCUUGAUGCGAUGGGGAUAUUUUAUAGGAAAGCUAGAAAUAACAAUGUUAAACAAUAUGUAAAACCAAAGCCUACAAAAAGAUCCAUUGACAAUCAUGAAGUGUAAGUGUGCCUUGUUGAUUUAGUGACAUCUUAACAGGUGUUGACUGACGUCGGAUAAUGCAUAUAUUAUAAUGUCCAUGUAUUUUAAAUGUGAAAGAAG